AUUUCUUGCAUCUCAAGUUCUUAUCAAUUCAUAACUUGUGAGCCAGAGCCAGUGUGAUUGAUCUUUGUUUCUACUUUGAUUCACGGUUAAGAGCGAGCACUUGAUAAUGCUGGAUAUCGAUCUAUAUCGAAGAAAUCCGGAGAUCAUCCGAGAAUCUCAGCGCCGGAAAUUCUCCAGCGUCCAAGUCGUUGAUGAUAUAAUCAUUCUAGACCAACUAUGGCGUCAGCGUAAAUAUGAUUAUGAUUGUGUCCAAAGAGUGUUCAACAAGAUAAACAAUUCUGUGGCCAAGCUCAAAAGAUCUGGUGCUGAUGCAACAGAGCAGAUUCAGCAAGCAGAGAUUAUCAAACAAGAAGCAACCAAGAAAGGUGUGCAAGUUGGUGAAGCUUUUACUGCUUUGCAAGACAAAUUGUUGACAGUAGGAAAUCUCAUCCAUGACUCGGUUCGAAUUUGUGACGAUGAGGCUUAUAAUGAAGAGAUCAACGUUUGGGGUGAAAAGCCGGUUGCGAAGCGAAAAUCCCAUGUGGAUCUCGUGGAGCUUCUCGAUAUUGUAGAUACCAAGAGAGGUGCUAAAAUAUCUGGAGCUAGAGGGUUUUUACUAAAAGGAUAUGGUGUUGCUCUUAACCAAGCUCUUAUCAAUUAUUCAUUAACCUUCUUAACAAAGAAAGGUUUCACAUGUAUACAACCUAAUUUUCUAAUGAGGAAGGAGGUCAUGGCAAAGUGCGCACAAUUGUCGCAAUUUGAUGAAGAACUCUACAAGGUGAUUGGUGAAGGAGAUUGUGAUGAGAAAUACCUUAUUGCAACUGCUGAGCAACCUCUUUGUGCUUACCAUCAAAAUGAAUGGAUCAACCCUAGUGAGCUUCCCAUAAGAUAUGCUGGUUACUCGACUUGCUUUCGAAAAGAAGCCGGUUCUCAUGGAAGAGAUACACUUGGCAUUUUCCGUGUUCAUCAGUUUGAGAAAGUUGAACAGUUUUGUAUUACGAGUCCUAAUGAUUCUUGGGAAAUGCUUGAGGAGAUGUUGAAAAACUCGGAAGAGUUUUACCAAUCGCUUAAACUUCCAUACCGAGUGGUGUCGGUUGUUUCUGGAGCUUUGAACAAUGCAGCUGCUAAAAAGUAUGACUUGGAAGGAUGGUUUCCUUCGUCAGAGACUUAUAGAGAGCUCGUGUCCUGUUCCAACUGUACAGACUAUCAGUCUCGAAGGCUUGGGAUCAGAUACGGUCAUAAAAAGAGCAAUGAUCAGCAGACUAAGAACAAGUAUGUUCAUAUGCUGAAUUCCACCCUUACCGCGACACAGAGGACCAUUUGCUGCAUUCUUGAGAACUACCAGCGAGAGGAUGGUGUGGAUAUCCCUGAGGUUCUUCAACCUUUCAUGGGGGGAGUGACGUUUUUGCCUUUCAAGAUGUGCAAGACCCAAGGCAAAAAAUCUACAGCUUGAUUGAUAUUUUGUGAUAUUUGUUGUUGGAGUUACUGCAACUUUGUUUUAUGUCAUUCGGAUUUCAUAAACUAUUAUUUGAAUU